AUAGUUAUCUCCACGACCAUCUCUCGGACAAGAGCAUCUUUAAAUUUCCGGUGAAGACAUUCAAAAUAAAACUUUAAAUUUCUGUAAAUUAGAUACGCUCUGACUACGAGUAUUGAGAUGCUACUCUGGUAUCAGACGUAAUGACACAGUAUUUGUAGUGUGGUUAUGUGUGUUUUUAAUGUGUUGAAUCGAGCUAACGACACUUGAAGCCGGGACACUUCUUUGAAAGGUCUGCGUGGAGCAGUCGAUUUACACCAGUAGCACCUCAGCAGGGACAACAUCAUGGCAGCGGAGUGCGAUGUGCUAUCUGAAAUCGAGGUGCUGCAGUCGAUCUACCUGGAUGAACUGCUGGUCACCAAGAGCGAGGACGGGGGCUGGGAGGUGAGCCUGGUCCUGCACCCAUCCACAGGGGAGGACUCUGUGUCCCAAUUUGUCCGACUCACCCUGACUUUGACCGUCGAUCAGCAGUAUCCCUCGUCCUGUCCAGCUAUCUCCAUUCAUAACCCCCGGGGGCUUUCUGAUGACAAGCUCAGCAGUGUCCAAAAGUGUCUUCAGUUGGAGGCUCAGUCCUGUCUGGGUUCACCGGUGUUGUAUCAGCUCAUUGAGAAGGCAAAAGAAAUCCUGACUGAAAGCAACAUUCCUCAUGGGAAUUGUGUCAUUUGCCUCUAUGGCUUUAAGGAGGGAGAAAUGUUCACCAAGACGAGCUGCUACCACUACUUCCACUCCCACUGCCUCGGUCGCUAUGUUAGCCACUCUGAAGGGGAGCUCCUCCAGAGGGAGAAGGAGUUGGAGGAGGACAAGACCAGAGAGAGAACAGACUAUAAGGAGCUGACCGUGGUGUGUCCGGUGUGUCGGGAGCCGCUGACAUACGAUGCUGAUGAGCUGCUGUCAUCCCCCGCACCCCAGCUGCCCGAGCUGGAUGAAGCAGCACUUGGCUCAGAUUUCCAACAGAAGUGGGGUAAACUCCAGAAGCUUCUGGAAAGACAGAGGUCUAAAGGUGGAAUCAUUGACCCUGAGGUGGAAUCAAAUCGUUUUCUCAUCCAUAUCAAUGAGGUUCCAUCUGUCGCUGAAAACGGAAACCUGGAUGUAGAGGUCUCUUCUGGCCCCACAGCACCCUCUGCCUCUAAUGUGCCCUGUGAUGGAUCUGGUGUCAAAGUGGACCAGUUCGCUUCUGGAAUGUCACACUGUAGAGGUGGUCAAGGCCACAGGCGUCAAAACCAGGUGAGGGGGCCGAGGAGAGGAGGCAGAUCCAGACUACAUGGAAGUGCCACCUCCAUUACAGAGCAGCUGCGCAAAAUCUGUGUGUCCUCAGACUGCACUGAAGAACCAAUAAAAGCCACAGCUCAGGGUAAUCAUGGCCAAAGGGUGCAAGUAAAUGCAGGAUCGAGUAAGUUGAAGACAGGCAGAGAAGUCUAUGCUGAGCAAAAGGAGAUGCAAGUUUCUCCAGGCGAUCAGUCAGUGUGCAAGUCAGGUUUGGAAAGUGAUUGCCCAAAAGGUGCUGCAGACUCUACAGGGAGCCACAGUCAUCGCGGAAGGAGAAGAGGCCCUCACCGACCUGUGCCACACAGUGAGGGCACCGGGUCUCCACGAUACCAUUGGGACGGGCGAGCUUUGAGAAGCAGGGGAGGGGCCAAUAACCUGUACAGCAGAGGAGGUGGUUCCCACCGGGGUCACAGCAGGGGCUUCCAACAGAGGGUAGUGGAGAGAGAGGGGGGAAGGGAGGAGGUGCUAUGACAAAGGGCAUCAGGAGGGCCAAUGAACAAAUGUAUGUGUACCUCCAUUAUGAGUUUGCAUAGAUUAAUGCCCUGCACCAGACAUGACAGUCUCUGUAAAAUCCUGUCCUUUACAUCGCCAUUAUCUUGGUUUCUGGUAUGCACUUUCAUGCACACCAAUAUCAGAUACCAGUGGUUGUUGUUUUUUGUUGUGAUGCAGUGUGACUUGAAAGAGAAACAAAUUAAAUUUCCUCUGGAUGGCAUUG